UCGCCCACGCUAGCCCACCAAUCCUUAUUCGAUUCUUCAUUCCGGAUCAAAGAGUCUAAUUCAGAAGAGGAAGAAGAGGGGACGGACUGUGAACAGGACUACGGAGGUUACGAGUCAUUAGAAUCGCACUUGGGGCUCCGACAAUCUUUGGACAGACACAGUUUCACAUUCAGCUAUUUUGAGAAGACGCAAGAGUUCACAAUCCCGAGAAUCGAGCUCACUCGACCAACAAGGAAACCUGAAAUGGAAGCAAUUCUUGAUGUGCUGAGAGACAAUGAGACCCCAGUGAGUGAAAAAGCGAGGAAGCUGCACUUAUUCUGUGAUGAAAUGAGUGAAACGUGGGAGGAUGGCACUCCCGUGAAACCUAGAUCAUACACAAAUACCAGUAUGUGCGACUUAUCCAUGUACAAUGACAGAGCUUUCAUACAGGAAACGAAGUCACCCGAGCCAGUCAAAAAAAUCUCAUUCGAGGGCCAACUUGACGUUCCUCCAUCUCCUGGACUAUUGAACAAGCUUACUGGCUUAAUUCCAGCGCACCCAGCACAAUCAGACCCAAAAAUGGCCCAAUCUCCCACAAACCAACCCGAAAAACGAAAGAGCAUAUUCCAAAAAUUGUCAAGAGCUUCAGUUUUUGUUACCAACAUUGAAAAUUCGAACAGCGACUUGAACAAUCGCAACUCAACUUCAUCAUUGGGUCUGGAAAUUCCUCCAAAUCCGAACUCCACUCCAAAAAAACGCAAGAUUAAAAAGAAAAAUAGCUCAGCGGCCAACACUCGGCAGUCUAAAAGCACACUGAUUGAGUCUUAUGCUGAGACGUCAAGUAUGAUUUCAGAGGAGGAUCGGUUGUCUAUGCCUCGGCAGUCAGAGCAACUUGAGGACCCCACUUUGAAAGUGCUGAGCUUGUCUUUGUUUCGGUGCAGCAUGGAUCAAAAAGAGUGCACAUACUGGGACAGUCUCUAUAUCAUGAUCAGUCUGUGCAAAAUGAGGGAACUGAAAGCAUGCAUCAACCUCAUCAUCGAAACAGACACUUUCGAACACAUGCGACUACUUCUCGAAAGCUACAACGAAAGCCUACCCAUCAAAGCCAAAUUCAGGCUCACAGAUCUAGUCAAGAGUUGCAUAUCAUUUUUCAACUAUAUUCUCUUCUCAUGUCGAGUGCACGAUUACUCCCAAAUAUACACUGUUAACUCAGUUCUCGAAAUUGCGGAAGAGUUGAUGAAUGAAAACAUUUACAGGAAUAUACGCGACGCAAUUGAAGAUAAGAAUCAACUAGCUACACUUGCUAGUUUGAGAGAAAGUCUUCUGAAAGAGAUUUCGAGUCAUGCGCCAUUGCUUGAAAACAUGCCAGAGGGAACUAAAAUAAGUGUCAGUUUCUGCCAUACAGACUUAGAUGAUUGUUCACUGUUCAUACCCAUAUCAUGAGCUUAAUUGCAGUUUGACAAAAAAUUGGUUGGCCCCUAUUGGAUCACCCAAUGUUUGUAUUUCGCUUCCCCUAUUAACUGAAACUCAAUUUGAUUUCGUCAUUUCAUUUUCAAUAGUCGGAGCAUAAAAUGCAAUUGAAUAUCAAUUUCUUUAUUUGAAUUAGCUUUUAAUGUUAACAAUUGAAAAACCUUUAUGAAUAUU